CUUCUGGCACCAUCCUUGGCACCAUCCCUGUGGUCUUGGCACCAUCCUUGUACUGUCAACAACACUCCUUUGACCACUGCACUUUGUUAUGUGGACUUUUUACCAUCCUUGUGGUCUUUGACCUUGGGGUCUGGGUGGUGGUGGCCAGGAGGGUUUCUGGAGUUCCAGGCAAGGUUUCCAGAGCUGUGUGAGGAUUCCAGCAAGAAAUGUACACCUCUCACCAGUCAGUCGCAGCCCUGCCUUCCUGUCUCCACCGUGGGACCUACACGGAUUCUUCCCUUCCUCUACCUGGGCUCCCAGCACGAUGCCAACAAUAAACAGCUCCUCUCUGACUACAACAUCCUGUAUGAGCUGAACGUGAGUGUGUCGUGUCCAAAGCCCGACUUCGUUCAAGAUUCUCACUUCAUGAGAAUUCCCGUCAACGACAACUUCAGUGAGAAACUCCUCCCUUACUUUAACGAUGCCUUUAAUUUUAUUGAUAAGGUUCGUGAGUCAGGCGGCUGUGUGCUGGUGCACUGUCUGGCGGGCAUCUCCCGGUCUGCAACUGUUGCAAUUGCUUACGUUAUGAAGCAUCUCUCUCUUCCUUUUGAUGAGGCUUAUAUGUAUGUAAAAACACGAAGACCAACGAUCUCUCCUAAUAUUAAUUUUGUGGGUCAGUUAGCAGAGUUAGACCGGCAACUGAAGCGGGAUGUAGGGCAGCGUGAUCCUUCCUCGGCCCCAAUUCUGUUUCGCAAUCAAGAGUCUCAUCACACUCUUGGCUUGUCCACCUCAGUCUCCACCUCAUCAACUGCCUUCGCAUCCAGUUUCCUUGAGAGACAUGCCUGUGCUGGCCUACAAACAAAUGUGCCUAAAUCUCUCAGUCUUAACCUUCGGUCAACUCUAGAUGCUGUACCAGCAUCUCCGUCCUCCACACCUCACACCCCAGACAUGUCCCCUUCUACUGCGCUUGCGCGUCUCAGUUUCGCCUCGGCAUUGGAUGAGCUUCGUGAUGAUGGCAUGCCUCUCACGCUCAAGUGUUCAUCCCCGGUAACGCCGCUCUCAAGUCUACCUCCGUCGUCUCCGAAAACGGCAGUCAUAAGGGAAACUUCAAGUUCUCCGAUUUUCAGGUUCAGGAAAACUUCCGAGUCGUCUUCUCCUUCCUCUCCUGCUUUCAGCUCCUUUUACAAGAGUAAAGAGAUGUCUAGUCGAACUAGCAGUGACUUCAAAACUGAGGCUAAGAUUACGUCCCUAAAAGAAAGCUUUACGUGUAGUGAUAGCAUUAAGAGUACAAGUGGGUCAACCAGCAACUUUUAUAGUAGUGCCACUUUUAAUGUUGGCAGUGCUGAAGAGAGGAAAGAAAAGGUUGAAGAAAGAGCGAGUGGUAUUGUUAAGAGUGGCAGAAUAAGAGUAGAGGAAAGAACAAGUGGAUUGCUUGAGACAGGAAGAACUAGAGUUGAAGGAAAAGAUAAACAUUCAGAGGCUGGAUCAGGGAGAUUAGAGGAAAAAGAAUUAGGACGAUUAGAGGAAAAAGAGAGAAAUGAGAAGACAGUGAGGCCAUCUACAUCCACAAUGUCGUUCACACGGCGGGGCAGUGAUAGAGAAAGUCGGCAGGUGUCGGUGUGUGUUAUUGAUGUGAAAAGAGAAGCGUCACCUGUCAGCUAUGUUCGUAGUGAGCCAAUAAUUGUACGAGAAACUCAGGUAAUUGCCACACCAUGUCAUGCACUCCCUGAAGUUAGGUCAGUGCUGGAAGUUCAAAUAGAAGAUGGCCAACAAAAAGAGGAAUAUAUUACAAUACCAAGUGAGUCAAGAAAGUUGGUAGGUAACACAAAGGGUUCGAGAGAUAAUGUAUGGAGUCCUAAUGAUGAAAAAUGCCAAGAGAAUGAAGAAUCUAGAAUAAAAAUUGAGAAGUGCCAGCAGCAACCCAAACAUGUACUACGCCCCCGAGAGGUGAUUGUGCCUAUUCAAUUAGCAGGGCCUAGAGAGGAACGUCCUCGAGUGUUAGAGUUGAGUGUUGCUUCAAGCCAUCAAAAGCAACCUCAGCCAGUCACAGCUACUGCAGCAUGCACUGCUACUGAACCUACCAGUGGUAUUUGGUUACCAGCGAGUCCUCAGGAGGCAGCUGUAGCUGGGCCACCUGCAGCCACUCCUAAUUCUCCUAACUCUCCCAGUUCUCCGGGUGUACAACAAAGUGAUUCAGGUAUCAUAAUAGAGGAGAGAACAGAACUGCCUCCAAGUCCUCAGCGCCUGCCUAGAUGUUAUUCCUCCAGUGAGACUCACCUGAACACCAGACGACUGCUGGAACAUCGUAACCCAGACUUUACCACAAGAAAGUGUUCCAGCUAUGAUGAGGUCGGAAGAGCGUGGCCUCACAAUCUGGGGCCACAUCACCAGCAACAUCAACAAGGAGUGGGUCGGGAAGGCACCACUUGGCUGUGUCCGUGGGAACUAGCACGGAGCGACAGCGUCUCAACCAGCGGCUUCGGCUCGGAGAUAUCCGACACUGAUUUUCUUCACGAUGAUGCUCACUCGACCACAACCCAGGAUGAUGCUCUUGGACCCUAUGAUGCUGUGUUUGCUGAUGUGUUUCCUGGCGAACAGCAGCAGCAGCAACGACAAGUGACCACUCCCAAAACUCCUCGACCAGCAAGCCUUCCUGGGGUCACUGGGGCCUAUUUCUCACAAUUUGAGGAUGCCAACAGUGACCCAGGGCUGGACAUGGGUGUGGACAUGGGCACCGGCAGUGUGGAGCUGCGACACGGGGGAAGAGGUCGCAUGGGUAUGGAGAAGAAGGACUCGGGUUACUAUUCCUUCAUCAGCGAACAUCCGCCAGUAAGCCCGCGCACCAUGGGGGAGAGUGUGCGUCAUACGACCAGUGUGCCUUGGCCCAAGGAACGACCGAGAGAUCUGCGACUACAAAUAACCAACGUUGUCCGGUCGCCUACCCAUGAUUCCCCAAAGACAACCACUGCACUUCCUCAUAUAAUAUCUCACACUUCAACUAUGGAGUCUAGAUCGUCACCCGAAAAACGCAUGACUCCGGAGAAGAGAAAAAGUCGUGGCAGUAGCACCGAGGAGAACGAGGAGAAGAGGAGGAGUUGUGAGGCAGACACCCAGUGGAUGCCACCCAGACAGUCGAUCAGUAUAGGCUCAGGUGUUCGGAUGGCUCAGGAGCUUCUUCGAGGUGUGGAACAGCUGCUGGACUCAGAGAUGGGAGAACUUCGCAGGCGAACAGCUGCAAUGUCCUCCCGUAUACGGCUCCUGGGCAGGAGUGAUUCUGGCUCUGACAGUCUGAGCAGCAUCAGCAGUCCAAGCAGCAACAGCAGCAGUGGUAACAGCAGUGCUAGUGGAAGGAGCAGCAGCAGUGGGAAAAGCCCGGACGUUCACACCACACACAUAAUUGUUACUACGCUGGACAAUGAUGAGCCUGCUGAUGUCAAGUCUAUGAGAAACGUUAAAACGAUCCCCUCGCAUACAAACAAGUAUCCCCAACCAGUACCUGGAACUCUUAUAACAAGUCGAGCUCGCAGCGAGCCUCCGUUUCCAGGAGAAGAGGGUCUUUACCGUGCACGGUCGUGUCCCGGUCUUCAAAGGCCCAACGGAAGCUGCGAGGGUAAUGAAACCGUCUCGGCCUUAGUGCCAGACUUGCAGCUGGUGCGUCUUCGAGGGUCGCGUCCACAGGCAUCACGGGAGAAAUGUUUCAACCGUUAUUCUUGUGGUGCCCUAGAUGCUCACCAACCAGCCUCUGCCUCAUCAUUUGAGUCUUGUCCAGACUUUGGAAACCUGAGGCAGUGUGUACACGGAGGGGAAUCUCUCCAUUCCUCCUCUUCCUCCCUUUCAUCGACUCACUCCUCUUUCACAAGACUUCUUCAGGUGUCAUAGGAUAUUAAAACCCAAGGAGUUUUAUAGCCGUAUUUAUUUUGAGGAGUGAAAAUGUUGUGAGAAGUGUCAGAUUUAACCUGCUUUUUUAUUAACUGAAUUAUUUUUAUAAUUUAUGAAAUGGGAAAACAAAUUAAACAUUAUUUUGAUAAUUUAUAAAAAAAGGUGGAAAAUGUUAACAAAUUAUAUUCAUGAGAGGACAGAAAAUAAAUCAAAAUAAUGGAAAAAGUAUUGAGACUGCUUGAGAGGUGAGAUGUGAAUGGCAGCUCAGCCCACUGCACCAAACAGUGACUGGAAGAGUUCAAGUCACAUGAUGGUGAUCAAACUCUUGUGUUUUGAUGAGAUGGAAUAUUUGUUCCUAAAUACGACGUAAGUGCUGCACUCGGUGUCCGAUGAUAUUAGUUGAACAAGAACAGAAUGGUUCAGUUUUUUGUGUCUCUAAUGGUUCUGAUAUCAGCACACAAAUGUAGAUUUUUCUCUGUACAGUAGCAAGGGCCCCCACAUGCUAGUCGCUGCGGAGCUGUGGAGUCGAGGAGUAUGCUUGUAUUUUCAUGUGGCAAUUAAUAAAUUUAUUUCAGUCAUAUUUUUAGUAGAUUCUCAUUUGUAAUCAUAUGAGUAAGGGAUUUUAAAAAUGUAUCCCAGUGAAAUGUAUCAGCAAUUUCACACCACUAAAAAAUACUUACUGUAUUUUCUGGCAUAUAAGAUGCACUUUUUUCCCUCACAAAAAGUCUUGGAAAAUCACCCUGGGCUUUAUAUACUAAAGGUCAGGGUUAAGGGUAGGCUUUGGGUUACGCUUUAGCAGUUGUUUACUAACAUUAUGUUACAACUGCUUGGAAACACUGUCUUACAUGCUCGUGCCCCAUACGUGCUGGAAAAUACGGUAACCUGCAAGUCCUGUUGGGUGAAUCUUAUUGGACUUAGUUAAGAAAAUUCAGUAGCAGGCUAAAUUACAUUUAGGCUAUUAAAGGAAGCGGUAUUAAAUUACAGGUAACUUCUCCGACUCUGAUGUUGUGGUUUGCAAAUACCCUCACUCGUUACUUAACCUAACUACCAGUUAAUUGGGGGGGCCCAUGUUAUGCUUGUAUAUACCUAGAAUAUAUCUGAUCCACUUUUAAAUUAUUAAACUUGAUUGGAUUGUCUUUAGUCACUCAGGCAGCAGUUAGAAUGAUGCUGAUAAUGUACAUAGAUAACUAGAUUCCUUAUCUUUAACAGUAUAUUAAUUAAUAAGUUGGACUAUUUGUUGAGUAUGAUGGAGGCUGACUUGUAAGAUCUGGUGAUUGGUGGUUAAGGCCUGGUGAUUGAUGGGCAGGGCCUAGUGAUUGAUUGGUAAGGUCUGCUGAUUGAUUGGUAAUAUCUGCUGAUUGACGUGUAAAGCCUGCUGAUUGGCAGUGCCUUUUGAUUAGUAUCAAAAAAUAAUUAUCCAGCUGAUUAGCAAACAUUUUGCUCAUGCCAGAUUCUAUUUCCAGAGAUUUAACACUGAAACGUAACUUAAAGGGCGAAUAUGUAAACCUUUGUUUUAUUUUUUGCUGUUUUAAUUUUAAAACCUUCAGUUUUGCCGAAGAUGCAUAGUGUAGUUACACACUUAAUGACCCCAAAGGUUUUUAGCCCUUCCCAGUAAUUGUAACUAUUAUUUAAAAGAUUUAUUUUAUUUUGCCCAGAUAAAGAGAGUGGAAUAAAGAUACUGGAAUAGAGGUACUGGAAUAGAGGCACUGGAAUAGACACUGGAAUAGAGAUACUGGAAUAGAGAUACUGGAAUAGACACUGGAAUAGAGAUACUGGAAUAGAGAUACUGGAAUAGAGAUACUGGAAUAGAGGUACUGGAAUAGAGAUGCUGGAAUAGAGAUACUGGAAUAGAGAUACUGGAAUAGAGAUACUGGAAUAGAGGUACUGGAAUAGAGAUGCUGGAAUAGAGAUGCUGGGAUAGAGAUGCUGGAAUAGAGAUACUGGAAUAGAGAUACUGGAAUAGAGGUACUGGAAUAGAGAUGCUGGAAUAGAGAUGCUGGAAUAGAGAUGCUGGAAUAGAGAUGCUGGAAUAGAGAUGCUGGAAUAGAGAUGCUGGAAUAGAGAUGCUGGAAUAGAGAUGCUGGAAUAGAGAUGCUGGAAUAGAGAUGCUGGAAUAGAGAUGCUGGAAUAGAGAUGCUGGAAUAGAGAUGCUGGAAUAGAGAUACUGGAAUAGAGACACUGGAAUAGAGACACUGGAAUAGAGAUACUGGAAUAGAGAUACUGGAAUAGACACUGGAAUAGAGAUACUGGAAUAGAGAUACUGGAAUAGAGAUACUGGAAUAGAGAUACUGGAAUAGAGACACUGGAAUAGAGGACACUGGAAUAGAAACACUGGACCAGAGAUACUACUGAAUUAAAGAUACCCAGGUGCUGUACAUGUCUUAAUCAUCUAUUUGGUAUUAUUGUUAAUUAUCAAUGUGAUAAUUUGCCUUAACCCUUUGACUGUCACAACCCCAAAUCCUGAGGUGUCCCCUGGUGUUGCAAAAUAUUUGAAAAAAAAAAAAAUUAUUUUUCUCAUGAAAUGAUAGAGAAUCUUUUCCCAAUGGUAAUGACACCAAAAGUACAAAAUUUGAUGGAAAACUAGGGAAUUAUGCUCUCGCAAAGUUAGCAACCUCGGCAAUAUUUACGAAUCGGCAAUUUCACCCACUUUGAGCCCUAUUUUCGACUAAUUCCAUUGUCCCAGUUGACCAAAUUCAUAGCUAUUUCUUUAGAACUCCAUUUUUUCUAUUGAUUGAGUGCAAGAAAUUGCCCAUUUACUGAUUUCAACUACCCAAUAAAGUGGUCAGAAAUUGGCAAUUUGGCCAUUUUCAUGCAAAUUAAAAAAAUAUGACAAUUUCAAAAUAAGGUCCAGAAUGAACAAUGCAGACAUUCCUGGCUCUAAAAUAACAUUUUCUUUGUUCAUCAGUCAUGUCUCCAGACCCCUCUGAUAUUACUCUUGCUUUCUGUUUUGAAUUUUUAUUCAAACAAAAAAAUAGAAGAUUUGCUAUUAUGCAGACUACUGCAAUACUGUAAUAUUGUAUAAAUAAUGUCAAACCAUUCAUGACUGCAUAUUAGAAUGGCUAGUUGGACAUUUAUUGGGCAAUGACAUCAUUUGUUUACUUAUGAACAUUGGCAAAAAUCAAACAUUUUCCCUACUUUGAGCUCCAUUUCCCGGUUCUUUUCAUAGUAAAACCAAUCAAAAUCACCUCUAUUUCUAUAAUAUGUUUUCCAUUCUAUCAAAUGUGACUACGAAAAUGAGGAUAUAACCAUAAAAACUAUAUGAAAAUACACCUCAAAGUCAGCAUUUUGAUCCAAAAACACGGUAGUUUUUUUUUUUUUCUCAUUAUGCACUGUGUGCUGCAGGAUUUUUUUUUUUUAUAUAGUGCACACUGACCACACAGACCCAUUGUCUCACAUGUGGGCGUACCAGCUUUCUCCUGCUUGAUUUGAAGCCGCUAGAAUUUUUGAGUAUAUGUAUGUACGUCAAACACAUUGGCUCGUAAGACGUAUAUAUAUGACCGAAACAGUCAAAGGGUUAAUGUAGAUGCCGGAAAUGUAAACUUUCUGAGAGAAUUUCAUGCCCAAAAGUUCUGUUUCAAUGGCUAGUUUGAAAAAUUAAGCAUUUCAGUUCAUCCUGGACCAUUAUCAGUUGCUCACUGCUCGACAGUGAUUCAGGGUAACCUGAAACAUUGCUUAGUUUUGUCAUCAAUUUGUGUGUUGCCUGUCAGUUGUUUCAGUCAUGGCAUCAUCUUUGUUAAUUCUGGAAACAACCAGCACGUGUUUGAUACCUGAGUAGGAACGAUCACCGGGCAAACUUCAGGUUGAUAAAUUAGACGUGUGGAACACCUGGGUAUCUUUAUUGUGGAAAUGGUUUACUACUCACUGGUUCCUCAGUCCUAUACAAAGAAGAAUGGUGAAGAUCAGAGUUUGAGGUAAUCGGUCCCCUCAGCCUGGAGUCAAUGUAAUCUUUUCAAGAUCGAUGGAUUGAUUACAUCGACUCUAGGCUGGGGGAUUGAUUACCUCAAACUCCUUCUGAUCUUUGCCAUUCUUCUUUGUUUAGGACUGAGGAAGCUACUGUAUGGCGAACUGUUUCCUCAAUAAAGAUACCCAAGUGUUGCAUGUGUGUCUGAUUUAUCAACUUGUGGGUUCUGUAAACCAUUUACCUACGUGAACUUCAAGUCGCCUCUCAAGUCAAAAAUAAAAAGCUAUCAGUAGUGUUAAUACUGUACUGAAGUGUUAUGUUACAACAUUAGUGAGUACUUAAGUGACAACGAGAAGUUGUGAUGCGGGAGACGUCAACCUCGGCAUCAGUGACCCAGGUGUCGUGAUGCGAGAGACGUCGACCUCGGCAUCAGUGACCCAGGUGUUGUGAUGUGGGAGACACCAGUCCCAGCAUCAACAACCCAGGUGUUGCAGUGCAGGAGACACCAACCCCAGCAUCAACAACCCAGGUGUUGUGAUGCGGGAGACAUCAACCCCAGCAUCAACGACCCAGGUGUUGCGAUGCCAGAUAAUGCGCAGUACAAUCAGUCAAGACACAUGACACAUUUGUCAUGUAUAGGUAAACCAAUGGUCUACUAUGUAUCCUGGUCUUUAUCAUAUACGUAUAUACAUUCAUGUUAAAGUACGUCAGAACCAAACUUAUUUUGAACAUAAGUUAAAAGUAAGUAAACUAUAUACAGAGGUCAGUUGGCUGUGAUGUAAUGGCUGGAUUUUCUUAAAAUAUUUGGAAGAAUUAAGAUCAGAAAAUGAAUAAAGGGAACACAAAUGCCUACACAUAGGAGAAACUAAUGAUGAUGAUUUGGUCUGACUUCGACCAUUAAUUGGUCACUAGUUAAUGGUCCAAGCCAGACUGAAAUGUCCUCGUGAGUCUCUCUUAUGUGUGUGUUAUUUGUGUUCCAGUCACAGUAUUGUGUCUUUUUUUUUUCUUUAUGAAUAAAAGGGUAAGUAAAAGGGCACGUUAGCAACACCACAGCAUAAAUGUAGCGGUAGCCAGAGGUGAGCUUGCUAUUGGUUGAAAUUGAUGACUUAUCAGUUGACUUUGAAGCAAGGCUGACUGGCCAACAGUACACUCACCUCUGAUUCAUUACAUAUGUACUGUGCUUUUACACAAAUAACCCGCACAUAAAAGACAGAAGCUUACGACGACGUUUCGGUCCGACUUGGACCAUUGACAAAGUCACACUUGAGUGUGACUUUGUCAAUGGUCCAAGUCGGACCGAAACGUCGUCGUAAGCUUCUGUCUUUUAUGUGCGGGUUAUUUGUGUAUCGUUCCAGUCACGGUAUUGUGCCUUUUUGUUAUUUACUGUGCUUUUAUUCUUUGCUUAAACACGUGAUCUGUAUGUACAUCAUUAAGUGCACAUCUCUUGGUGUAUGUGCUGAGAAUUUAUCUUAAUUAGUAAUUAAAGUAUUCUUGAUAGGUAGUGAAAAGGUAGGUAACAUGCAGCCUUAAUGACCCCUCAUUUUGAGCCUUAAUGACUCAUUGUGAGCAUUAUUGGACCCUCAUUCUGAGUCUUAAUGACCAUCAUUCUCCACAAACAUCCUCCAGAUAUUUUAAGUACAAGCAGCCACUACAUUACACAGCAUUGUUUGUGCAUUGUAUUUAUAUUGUAUCUCAUAAUACAAGUUUACAACUGUAGGUGAUAUGCAGAUCUGUGAUUACAUAUGUACAUCCACCUUGCAAAACAUUGAAUGUUGCUUUGUAAUGUUGAAUGAGUAUUCAUGCAUGAAAAAUUGGAUACAUUGGUUACCAAGGUUACCAUAUUGUAAAGUUUAGGUUAAUUAUAUUUUUUUUUUUGGAGUGGGGUGGGUCGUGAAAGAAAGCAUAAUUCAAAGUGGUUAUAUGUUUGUAUAUAUUUGUUAAUCAUGCAAAAAUAACAAUUUUCUUCUGUUGAUAGAUAAUGUACUUUGGCUGUGAGCUUAAAAAAUAUUAUAUUGAGUGUUUUAAAUUAUGGAAUUGGCAAAGUCUUUUGUUAUUUCUUGGAAAAAAUCUUUAUUGUACUUGAGUUUUUUAUGAUUGUGUAAAAUAUAAGUAUGUGACGAAUAAAUGAUACAUAUUGAACGCUUGUCAAUGGUCGGUAAUAACUCACAUGAAGACACAAAUACAGGAGGUUGAUUGAUCGCUCUAUUUCCACCCCAGUGGAAAUAAGUCGCUUUGUACGACUCUUUUUUGGGGUUAUCCUGGGUAAUACAGUGGAAUCUCAAAAAUCGAACUGCUCCCAACUCAACCAAUUAUGUAAGUGUAUUUUUGUAAGUGCUUUUAUAAGUGUAUUUUUGAGGGUCUUAAAUGGUCUAAUCUAAUUUACAUUAUUCCUGAUGGGAAUAAAUUCGUUCGGUGGUGGCACUCGAACAGCCUUCUGGACCGAAGAAAGUUCGAUAUUUGAGGUUCCACUGUAUACACAUAUAUGCAAAACAACCAUUUGGGGGGGGGGGGGGUUGAAUGCUAGCAUCUUGUAUCUCAUUUGUGAUUUUUGCAUAAUGCACAUGUAUGGUAAUUGUACUUGUGUGUACCUGUGCCUAAAUAAACCUAAAAAAACAAUUCCUCUUCUGCUGAAGAGGACCCCAAAAUGGGGUCAGAAUAUACAGAUCACUCACUCUCCUUAAUUUCUGCCUCCACAUGGGUUAUUAUUGAGCAUAUACAGUAAGUUCUUAACUUACCAUCAGUGGAGAACAUUCAGUACUGUGUUUAUCAUUAUUAUACACAAUACAGGAGGUCCCAAUGUAUUCGUAACUUGAGGACUUACCGUGUAUAUGAUGUUAAGACAGGAGGCGCCAUUGUUAUUUAAAAUGCCAGCUACUGCCAUGCUAAAAACUACCGGAAUUUAUCAAAAAUCCUCCCUUAUUUAUUGCUAUUAUUAUUAUAUUCGCUGUAUGGCUCUUGUGGGUCUAGUGCUUGGUUCUGAUUAUAAUAAUAAUAUUAUAUUCAUGGGGAAAGUGCUAAACCCGCAAGGGAGGCAGUCAGAUUUGAUUGAAGGAGGGGGAACAACGGGAUCCGCUUCCUUUUAUCAAGAGCCCUUAAACCAGCAUAUAUUUGUGGGAAAGUGCUAAACCCGCAAGGGUCACAGAGCGCCUGGGAAAUGGGAGGCAGUCAAAUUUGAUCGAAGGAAGGGGGAAAUGACGGCAUCCACUUCCUUGGACCAAGAGCCCUUAAACCAGCAUCAGGGUGCAUUCCUGCAGGGGACAGCAUCCUCCCUAAAUCCCUUAAUCCCUGUAAUCACCUUCUCAGGUACAAUUUAUAUUAAUAAAUUAGGGAAGAUAAAUAUCUGCAAAUACUAAUAAACAUAAUUUUCAGCCACAAAAAAAAUUAAUAAGAGUUUUGUACAAGAUUUAUUAAUUGUUUUUUCUUCACUAUUUUAAUUUAGAGUAACAAAAAAGGUGUUUAUUUUUGGAAAUACUGUAAGUGCAGAUUGAAGAGUGUUUAAUUAUGAUAAAUAGGAUCGUAUUAUGAUAAAUAGGAUCGUAUUAUGAUAAAUAGGAUCGUAUUAUGAUAAAUAGGAUCGUAUUAUGAUAAAUAGGAUCGUAUUAUGAUAAAUAUGGUCGUAUUAUGAUAAAUAGGGUCGUAUUAUAAAUAGGAUCGUAUUAUGAUGAAUAGGGUCGUAUUAUGAUAUAUAUGGUCGUAUUAUGAUAAAUAGGGUCGUAUUAUGAUAAAUAGUCGUAUUAUGAUAAAUAGGGUCGUAUUAUGAUAAAUAGGGUCGUAUUAUAAAUAGGGUUGUAUUAUGAUAAUUAGGAUUGUAUUAUGAUAAAUGGGAUCGUAUUAUGAUAAAUAGGAUCAUAUGAUAGGAUCGUAUUAUGAUAAAUGGGAUCUUAUGAUAGGAUUGAAUUAUGAUAAAUGGGAUCUUAUGAUCAAAUUUUUAUAAAUGGGAUCGUAUUACGAUAAAUGGGAUCAUAUUAUGAUAAAUAGGAUCGUAUUAUGAUAAAUAUAAUCAUAAUAUGAUAAAUAGAAUCAUAAUAUGACCAAUAGAAUCGUUCUCUCUGCCACUUAAUAAACUUAUCUAUCUCUUAACUUUGCACACUAUAGAGGCUAUGCUUUCAAAGAUCUAUUGACAUUUGGCAUUAAAGUUGACUUGUGAGGCUCUACUUUAGACUUUAAGUGUGUUUGGUACUGAGUAUUACCACCUCAGAGGUGUCACCAGUGGGUACGUGACCAGAGAUGACAUGUGGUUAGGAAUCCCUAUUUUUUCCCCGUUUUCUUUGGGCCCAAAACCGGGAUAUUUUGUAAAAUUUAGUUGGGAGGCUGUGGUUCGAUAGAUACGCAAAGGAUUUCCUGGUUUCGUGAAGCAACACUGAGAUAUCUCAGAUAACAAAUUUUUACAUGCUGAAUUUAGUGGGACAGUGAAACGGGUUUCUGGAAAGGCCCUAAAAGGGGAACUGUUUUGGAAAAAUCCCUAAAACAGGGACUGUUUUGGUAAAAUCCCUAAAACAGGGACUUCUGAUAAAUAAAUAACCCGCACAUAAAAGAGAGAACCUUAUUACGAUGUUUCGGUCUGACUUGGACCAACUCGGUCUGACUUUGUAAAUGGUCCAAGUCGGACCGAAACGUCGUCGUAAGCUUCUCUCUUUUAUGUGCGGGUUAUUUGUGUAUCGUUCCAGUCACGGUAUUGUGCCUUUUUUUGUUACAUCUGAUAAAAUUCCAGAAAGUGGGACUGUCCUGUUAAAACCAGGAUGAAUGGGAUAAUCUAUACAGGGUGUUCCAGCGCUAUGACCACAGAAUGUCUGCCUUCCUUCUCUCCAAUUAAAAAAAUAUUAGUUCAUGUUAUUGUCACUAACAUUAUAAAGAAUACAGGAAGUUCUAGACCAAUUAAUAUCAUCCAAAAAGGCAAAAAAAGAGAACAUUGAAAUGUGUUCCAUAUAUGAUUGUAUUUUGAUCAGAAAUAGAGUAAUCUGAAUGAACAGAGGUUGUUAAUGUUUUUGUUUCAGAAUAUUUCAUUCAUGAUGAAGAAUGCUAUAUUUUUUUUUUCAAUGAACUGGCCGUAUCCCACUGAGGCAGAGUGACCUAAAAAGAAAAAUGAAAUUUUUUCUUACAAUGCUAUUUAUUUGUGUAAAUUAGGCUGAUAUAUAUUUGAUGUGUGAAAAAUGUGGCAUUGAUGAUGGUCGAUGGUGUUAGAAAAUGAGGCGUUGUACACAGAUAACCCGUACAUAGCAGACCAAAGCUUACAACAACAUUUCGGUCCUACUUGAACUGAAAUGUCAUAAAUCUUGGUCCCCUAUGUAUAGCUUAUUUGUGUAUUGUUCCAGUCCUGGUAUUGUGCCUUUUUAUUCUUUAUGAGAAUGACCCUUGUGGGUUUAGUGCCUAGUUUUGAUUGCAAUGAUAAUAAUAUUCUUUAUGAGGCAUUGUAAGUGCAGUAAUUGCAAGGCUCUCGAUCCUUGGAAUUGAAGCCACUCUCCGCUUGGAUCAAACCUUAUCGUGGCUCGGAACCGUGAUUAUAACAACAAUACGGCUGCUGAAGACAGAUGAAACGUCUUGACUAUGGUAAAAAAAAAAUACGUAGAACAUCACGUAAAAAGUAUUAAUCAUGCAAAAAAAUAUUUUAAACAAAAAAUAUCAAAAAAGAAAUCCAUCGUAAUAUUACAGAGUACACCAGUGUGUAAGCUGCCAUUGGGCCAGCUGGCUACAAUAAGAUAGUUCGAACUAUGUACACUAGCACUGCCUCACCAGGACCACCUCACCAUCACCACCUCACCAUCACCACCUCACCAUCACCACCUCACCAUCACCACCUCACCAUCACCACCUCACCAUCACCACCUCACCAGCACCACCUCACAUAUACAGCACCUAUUUUCAGUGUUCCACAUUUUCGUUGUCUUUCAACUGAGCCAUUGUUCCAUCUUCCAGUGACUAUCUCAGUGGGUGGAACAUAAUGAACAAUGGCUCAGUUUGAAGUCAACAACAACAUGGAACACCGAAAAUAAGGUGCUGUAUAUACCUAGACUACCUGGAGGAUGUUCUGGGUUUCAGUGCCCCUGCAGUGGAUCAGGGCCUGAUCAACAAGGCUGUUACUGUGGGCAGUGCUUUCCUGUAUAUUUCUGUGCACCAUAGGGAGGUUAGCAUGGGCCUCACUGUGACCACUGUGCUAACUUCCCUAUGAUGUAUAAAUAUACCUAGACGGAUGAAUCUUAUUGUAGUCAGCUGGUCCAGUGGUUUACGCACUGGUCUGCAGCUUUAGGGUUACAUCGCACGGUAAUUUCUCUCAUAAAGCUCGUCAGUAUAGUUCGAUUUUCUGUAAAUACAGUUGAAAAAAUGCAUCCAUAAUUGAAAAGCAUGUGGAAGGGCUUCUAUAGUGUAUGCUAUUACAUUUUGAUUCCAAUUUUUCAAUUGCAUUUCAAUUGCAUUUUUCAAUUGCAUUUUCAGAAAAAUCCACACUACAUAGGGGAGCACAUUGCAUAAUAUUUUCAUGUGUGUUAAUACUGUAUUAAAGUAUUUCUUACUGUA